AUGCUGGACUUCUGGGCGUCGACGCCCAUCGGGCAGGCGGAGAGCCCCCCGGAGAAGAAGCUCCGCGAGGUCGGCGAGUGGCUCGUCGAUCGCACCGAAGCUCGCGGCCUCCUCGGUCUCUCUCUCUCUCUCUCUCUCUCUCUCUCUCUCUCUCUCUCUCUCUCUUCAUUCUCGUUCCGAUCUUCUUCGCCAUUAUCGAACCGAAACCUCAGAAUCAGAUCAACCUGCUGCGAAAAUUUGGAACUAAAUUCCUUCCCAUUUUAUAUAUAUAUAUAUAUUGGUGUGGUUUCUGGUGGUUCAUCCGCUGAAAUGCUUAUGAUGGUCUGGCAGGGCAGCGGAUCCUGAUGACGGUGAGCCUCUACGUGCUGCCGGUGUGGGUACUGCUCGUGCUGCUCGCUUCCGGUGUUGUCUCCCUUCCCUUCAAUGUGCCCUUCCUGGACGAUCUCUUAUCGUGA